GUAGCAGCAGCAGCAGCAGCAGCAGCAGCCAGAUGAACCGCAGCAGCAGGAUCCAGUCCGCUCCACACUCUCCAUGUUGAAACUUCUCCUCCAGCCGACCACAACCGUCCCCCUCGAUCCAGCCAUCUCACACGGUCCCGUGCUAUGACGCUGGGCAGAGAAGGAGGCUCGGGCACAACUGCAUGAGCGACGCUCUGGUCCACACCGUGAGUUUAACGUUACAUUUAACGGCUCUCUUUACUACAUGACGCCGACGCGUCGAGGGACACUGAACUCGCUAUUUUUAGCGGACGGGGCUUGUGUUUCUUCAACUAACGUACGUUGGAUGUGCUAACGUACGCUAGCUAGCGGAGCUCGGAUAGCAUUGACUGGUACAUGUAGGAGGAUUUUACGGUAAUUUGAGUGUCGUAACGUGGCAUUAUUUGGAGGAAUUUGGUCAGUGGCGAUAGUAACAUUAUCUGCGUCUGUGCGGCGUGCCGUGUGGUCGGGUAGUGGCACAUCUUACAAGCUAGCUGCGUAAAGUAAACCCUCAUCACCACGUAAAGUAGACCCUCAUCACCACGUUAGCACACCGGACCCCAUGCGGCUGCAUCUCGGCUGUCACUUGUUUGAAUGGCAACCGUGAAACGUAGCCGAUGUCUCGGGUGCUCGUGUCAAGGAGCGCUACCACACCCCCCCCACCCGUGGGUCUCCCUAAUAUUCAUUGGUUUCACCAUCCUGCCAUCACCCGCUUCAAGUGUAACGGAAUUGGUAAACUGGACCCAUCAAAAAUGGAUAACGUUAACUGUUAUCCCAUAUAACAAGAGGAAUAAUCAUAGUAUUCAAUGCUUCUUAAAGGAAUCGUAGUACCGGUACAUCGUCGAAAUUCCAUGCAGGGCGCGACGUGUAGGAUGCAGUGUGUAGCGACAUAAUGCAGCGUGCACAUGACUCUAAAGCGUUGUGAGGCUGGUAGACAUUUAAAUGUAUAUAUUCAGGCCGAGACAUCCCGGUUAAACUCCAGUUUCCGGUGUAAUGCCAAAGCUAUAACCUUUGACACGUUCUUUACCAGCACAUCAUGAUAUGUCAACAUCUGCAGAGACCUUUCUCAAUUACUAUUUAGAGCACUAGGUAAUAUUGAUUUAUUUGUGUUUUAUAGAUUAUACAAAACUAAGCAAAAAACAGCCUUAAUGAUAUCACUUACUAGAAAUGAGGUGUUGUGAUUAGAACUAGACUGAUAAAUUGGGCAACAUUGUCUUAUUGCAGACAUAUUGGUACCAGCGUAUAUGUCACUAGAUAAUUAACAAGACAUUACAGUACAGAAAUACCUGUAAAUGUUUAAGGACAUUUAAAAAACGUGUCCAUGACAUAGCUUGCCUACCAGACAGUACUGAGGAAUUCAUUUUUCAACUUGAUCAGUACAUAUCUAAGUCACAACAAAAAAAGCUCAUUUAAGGGAUCCUUAUCAAAAAUGUUUGUUCAUUUUAUGUGUUUAUGGAAAAAAAAACGAUCAACUUCUUUAUCAUUAUCAGAUUUUUUUUAAACUCACAAAUACUAACAUUGGUGUCGGCCAUACGUCCAGUAUGGGUCAGACUGAACUUGUAGUAUUCGAUAUCUUGACGAGAUAAUGACUAAAUGUGGAGAUUUAACGAUGCCACUUGGCCUCAUCCAUCUCUGUCUAUUCCCAGUGCCGAUAAAGAUAGAAGAGCUCAUCAUCUUUAAUCGCGUGGUAUUAUGUGGAGUCGGGCUUUGCUGAAGAAGAGAAUAGCACAGAAGUGCACUUUAGUUAAUAGUUUUAAAGGUUAUUGGAAUGUGUCACUCAAAAUACAAAAAAAUAAAAAAUAAUAACAGCUGACAAGAAGGCUAUCCAAGAGGAAAUGAUUACCGGAGUGCUGGAAGUGAAAUGUCAGGUGAUGUUUGGGAAAAUUGCAGCUGACUGAGAAAAGACAGUUUAACAGUCAUCCUCUUGUUCCCCACUUUCUCUUUUUGUCAAAGCUCUGUCAAGUCCUUGCUUUGUUGUCUCCGUGUUUCUGCGAUCUGUCUGUACUUUCAACUGACUCCAUUUUUCAGAGUGGGUCAUACGAAGCAACGAAGGCCCGAUAUACAGUGUUAUAGCACUCUCUGUCAGACUGGCACCGGACAAAGAUUGAUCUCAUAUUGAACGAGCGUAAUAUGCCGGACUGCAAGUGGUGUCAAUAGCGGGGAUGGAAACGCAUCAGGCUUUUGAAGGUGACUGGAAUAGAAGUAGGUCAUGAGAUCAAUACCGACAGUCUGCUCCUAUUUGCACACCUGGUUUUAAUCAAGUCUGUGUUUAAAUACUCUAUGUCUAAUGCCCUUCAUUUCAGCCUUAAUCCUCCAUAACCAAACAAAUCAAUGUCUAUUACAUUUUUCCUGAGCUUUUCCAACGCGGGCUAUAUUUUAUGAUGAUUGGGGGGAAGUCCGAAGUCUUGUCUGACCACGUGUGACGGUCUACCUUCCGCUAAUCAGGUGGCGAAAUUUAAUGGUGUUGGUCCCUAAGCCUAUCAACUCGAGCUGUGGCUUUGCUCUGCCAUGAAUGACAAAUUGGGAGAGAGGAGCAGUGAAUGAAGGGAAGAGGAUGAAGGGCGGUGAGAAGGUGAAGAGCUGUUUGAGCUGUUGCUGUGGGUGGUUAGUGCUGUUGUUUUCUUUUUAAAUCGUUGCUUUUUCUAGCAGAAAGACACGGCAACAGAUGUCCCAACUUCCAUGCUGUGCUCUGAGAAAUACUCAAUAGGAGAAGCAACCCGCUGGCUUGUUGUUUAAGACGCUAUCUGUAGAGUCUCUGGUUUGUGUCCAGCUGGGGACCUUUGUCACAUGUCCUCCCCCCCCCAUCAUCUCUACUCUAGUCUCUAAUAUCCACUGUAAGAAGACAUACAUAGAAGCCCAACCAUUGGGGAAUUUAUUGCCAAAUCUUUCUUCAAACCAGGUUGACUCUUACUUUACUGGACUUCCUGUUCAUUCAACAGGUUGGAGAAUCACUGCUUUAUUUUUAGACCAGAUGUUGUGUCGGAGCUGUAAUGACGUUUAUUUGUUCCUCUUCAUGAUUCAGACGUUUGUUUGACUGACUAAAUGUAUUCAAAGCUGACUGUUCUGAGUUGUUGUUGUCGUCUAAUCAUGUAAUUCUCCGGCUUCUGCAAUAUUCCACCUUGUGCUCUGUGUGUCUACCCUCUUCAUGCACACUGCCAUGGCCACUGAUAAUAUUUAAUCUCAAAUGGCAAUGAUAAGUGAAGCUUUUUUUCAGAAUUUCAAAGUACAAAAUAUCAGUACAAGGAGGAAAUAAUGUACCAAAGCAGUUUCUAAGCAGGUAAUAUAGUCAAAGAUAGUGUCACCUCACUCUAUUAAAAAACAGAAACUUGAUUGUCCGCAUGUGACAAGUAUAAAAAGUCAUUUUCCCAGAGAUACUGAGGCCUAUAAACUAGUAGUUUGAAUGCGACUGCUGUUAACAAUGGAAGCGUUCUACUCCAGACUUUGAUAAAUGGCUUAAUGCACUUCCAGUUCCCUUGAGAUAUAAAUGCUUUCCCCGACGCCUACUGGGGGAAACUAGGUUAAUACUGCUCCAUAUUGAAUCUGUCUCCCUGCCUCCAGAGAGCAAAGGCACUUUUAGAAUCCUCUAUUGUGCCAAGAUUCCCUUCUCCUUCUUUGGUCUCGCAGAGUGUUUUUGUCCAAAGUUACUAAACAGCUGUAAGUUGGCCUUUAGGUCUAAAAACGGGUCCCUUUCCCACAGAAUGGAACCUCAUCUGUGUAAACACGAUACAACAGUGCUGCCAUGCUCAUGGUUAUGAUAUAACUGCAUCAUUAAAUUCAACAAGAGUAUACUACAGCAUCAACUAGUGCAUACUACACAGUGGAGCCAACAUUCGAGGCAUUAUUUGUAGAUAUCACACAUUACAUAAUAGGACAUAUUAGCUUUUCUUAUGACGCCAGCAUUGUGACACCCUGCAGUGUCUGGAAAGUACCGUAGUCGUUUGUUUUAGUAGCAGAUUAAUCUGGGGAAGCAGCUUUCCCUGUUCUUAUUACAAAAGUGUGACAAAGAUAAACAGUUACUGUUAAAGACAUCUGAAACCAUAUUUAUGACUCGGACGCAAAAAGAGAAACAUUUCUGUACCUCACAGUUCCUCAUUCUUUGUCUCUUGCUUACCGCGCGUGCGCACACACACACUCUCACUCUCUUAGGGUUUGUGGCUAACCUCCUGACCCCUUGACAUGUGUCUAGGCUGCUGAGUGUAUUUAUAGAGAAGGUUUAACACCGUAGAUCCACGGCUCUUCUUUUAACACAGGCGGUGGCGGUUAGAGUGUUGUCUCACGGUAGCUAGCGCCUCUGCAAUCGAUAUCCACCGCUCACUCAUCUCCAGCUUAACGUAUGGAGCUACUGCUCGUGCAAAUGCUGCCAGCUUUACUCUGAACCCAAAAGAUUCACACGCUGCAUUAAUUUGACUUGUGGCAAUUGAAACGCUCUCAAUCUUGCAUGUUUGGUGUACAUGGAAUAGCUACAUCGUUGUGUUAAUAGAUGUUAUGAGAGUAUUCAGACUGCGGGCUCUACUUUGUUCAGUUUUUUGCUAAUUACUUACUUUACAAGUAGGCAAAGGCACACGUACUGUAUGUCCUUGUCACAAUCUACAUUUGUUUAGUUCUGAGCGGCUGGCCUUGCACAGGGACCUCGUCCAGUCCUUGAGAGUGAGGGACGCUGUGGACGCCCUGUGUCAAGUGCUGAUAAUCUGCAGUUCCAGGGGAUAAGCUGCAGUGUCGGUGUUGAGUUGACAGCUGGGAUGUUUUACUUUUAUUACAUUGAGUGUUUUAUUAUGAGAGAGUUGAUGCUGAGAGGCUAGAUUACGUCAUGGGCUUAAUGUCAGCCUGUAAAAGCCCUCUUUGGCUGGUCAUUAUGGUGCUCUGUGCGGACAAAUCUGUAGCCAUCAAUGUAGGGUCACAACUUUUGCCUCAGAAAAUGAAGACCCAAGUGUCGGCAUCGUAUUCCUGAGGCUGUGUAGCGUGUUUUCCUAAUGGAGUAGUCAGGUGAGAGGAGAAAGUAACAAACGUGUUAAGCGAUACUUGUGACUCAUAGUCGUUGCUGCCUUUGCCAAGAAAGCAAGAAACACCUCAAGCUUUAAAGAAAGACCUCGGGUUUCAGAGCAUGGAGGGUUUCCAUGACAUGGGACCAUCCUCUGACACUCACCCCCUGUAUGUGAAGGGGUUUUAACUUUGACUUUUACCCACAAUUCUAUUCCAACAGUGACCAAGUGUCACACAGGAAACAAAUCAAAAAUGCUCAGGGACACUUCUUAAACAGUUGCUGCAGCAUUUAUUUCAACGUGCGCCCGUCCUCCAGUGUUUGUGACUCCUUGCUUUGUGCAUUUCAAACUCUCUUUUGUGCUCCGAUAAACACGUCCUAGAUAAACAGAAGAUUAUGUUUUUGUUUAUGCAGCAAUGCUUACAGUCUGUUGCUGUUUUUGGCAUUUAACUUUCUUUUCGAGGUUGAUCAGUGUCACCUUGAAAUCAAGCUUAUGGCUUUGGUUCAAUAGUGGCUCCACCAGCCUUUUUGUAAACUGGGGACGUUAUAAAUGAUGGUGUCUCUCUUUUAUUUAUUUAUUUUUUUACUUCCUACUUUGAACCAGACAUUGAAAUAUAAGGAAUGUCCUCAAAUGUGCAGAGGAAUACCCAUAUGCUACGUAUUUAUUUUUCUGUGUACAUGCACUGGUGCAUGAAAUAUGAAGAAAUUCUGAAUGUUAGACCGUUAAUAUAAAUUGAGCUUGAACUUUCCCUUUAAUAAUCCUCAAAGCAUCGAGUGAAAUACCUUCUGUCUUGUCCGCCUGUGCACUGUUAGCGUCCUCUUUAGCGCCACAACAUUAUCAGUUACAAAUGAGUUUUUCACUGCGUGAGAACAUGGACGUGUGGCGGGAGAGAGUGUGUAAAGUGUCGAUUGCGUGAAUCUCACGGUCAAUGCGUGAAGGUUGGCAGCCUUGAACUUUUGUGCACCGGCGCAUGUAGAGCCGAGAAUUCCGUGCGCAGCUCAAAAUUGACCGUGCAUGUGUACAUGGUAUUUCAAGCCCUGAUAUCUGACAUGUAAUCCAGUGCUCACCAUAUGUAAAAUGUCAAGCAGUGGGAAGCACCACAACGUGAAGCGGAUUAUUGGUGGAUCUGAUUUGGUCCACGGCUUUUCUCGUGUCCUAGGUUGAACUCGGGUCAGACACUACCAAUGGAGGGAACUGAAAAUAGACUGUAUUUGGUACUUCUGUGAGGUUCAGUAGAACCACAUCAUACCUAUGACUCCUAACUCUGUUGUCUCCUUGCAGACUAUAACUCUCACCAGGCUGCUUCUCAGUUCUGCUUCAGGUCAGAAUCAUUCAAUGAACAACCCGGCGAUCACAGCCUGAUUCAAACACCUGGCCGCCCACGGCCCCAGUUUACUUGUGAAGAUGAACUGCCAUUCAAGGUGAGACGGGCUGCUCCAACAAAGGCUUCUGGAUGCGGUGUGUCCCGCGGCUCAGGUGAAAGAGGACGAGCAGGUUGUCAGGAUGAAGGAGGAGAAUUUGUUCCAUCGGAGGUUUUCUCUCUGCCCCAACGCCACCUCCCCCCCUACAAUUGACCCUCGCACCCUCACCCGGAACUUGUCUUAUGGAGGAGACAACGACUUCUACAGCCUCAGCCCAGGCAGUGACACAGACGGGAACGGCCCCUCCAUGCUGAGUAAUGAACUUAGUCCUGCCCAAUCCCCAGGCAGCCAGUCUGUGUUUAAUGGUGUCGAGAAGGACUGCCCCUCCCCCACAGAGAAGCUGGCCCGUAAGGAGUCUCUUAAGCUCCAAAAGCAGAACUACAGACAAGAGAAGAAACGGGCAGCUAAGGAACUAUUUAGUGCACUAAAGGAUCCCAGUGUUGUCAUCAUGUCCAACUGGCUGAAGAUCCGUGGCUCGUUGAAGAGUUGGACCAAGCUGUGGUGUGCACUGAAGCCCGGAGUUCUUUUGAUCUAUAAGACCCCCAAAGCGGACCACUGGGUGGGCACCGUCCUGCUCAGUGCUUGCAAGCUGAUUGAGAGACCCUCCAAGAAGGACGGCUUCUGCUUCAAGCUCUAUCACCCACUGGACAAAUCCAUCUGGGCUUUCAAGGGUCCCAAAGGAGAGAAUGUUGGCUCCAUCACGCAGCCUCUACCCAGCAACUACCUGAUCUUCAGAGCAGCAUCUGAGUCCGACGGGCGGUGCUGGAUGGAUGCCUUGGAGCUGGCUCUCAGCUGCUCCAGCCUCUACAAGCUGACAGCCAAAGGUGGGAAAGAAGGAGAUAUAAGCACACCGUCAGAGUCCUCCCAUAUACUCCACCUGCUGCAGUCUACUGCACUCACUGAUGCAGAGCUGCUACAGUUGAAUGACAGCGCGCUGCUGGGCAAUCACCACAUGGAGAAUGACGGCUUUUCGGACAAAUCGGAGCGCGAGGCUCAUGAUGACUGGGACACCCCGGCCAAUGAGAACGGUGGAAGGCUGACAGGGGAGAGUGACAUGGACCAAUCGGACGAGCUGUCCCCAGGGCCACAGGCCACAGCCUAUGUAGAGCAGAGCACAGAGGAGAUGGCUGAGGCUGGCGAGGCGUCCCAGGUAGAGACUGUAUCAGAGGAGAACAAGAGUCUGAUCUGGACCCUGCUGAAGCAGCUGCGGCCGGGCAUGGAUCUGUCCAAGGUGGUGCUGCCCACCUUCAUCCUGGAGCCCCGCUCUUUCCUGGACAAGCUGUCUGACUAUUACUACCACGCUGACCUGCUCUCACAAGCUACACUGGAGGAGAGUGCGUAUGGUCGGAUCAAGCAGGUGUUGCGAUGGUACUUGUCUGGCUUCUACAAGAAGCCCAAGGGUCUGAAGAAGCCUUACAACCCAAUCUUGGGGGAAACGUUUCGCUGUUGCUGGCUUCAUCCUCAAACCGACAGCUGCACUUUCUACAUAGCUGAACAGGUGUCCCAUCACCCGCCCAUCUCUGCCUUUUAUGUCUGCAAUAGGAAGGAUGGGUUUUCAAUCAAUGGGAGCAUCCUGGCCAAAUCCAAGUUCUAUGGUAACUCUCUGUCAGCUAUUCUGGAUGGCAAAGCCAGGCUGCUGUUCCUGGGCCGGGACGAGGAGUACGUCAUCACCAUGCCGUACGCUCACUGCAAAGGGAUCCUGUACGGCACUAUGACACUGGAGCUGGGUGGGAAGGUUACCAUUGAGUGUGAGAAAACCAAAUGUUUCACAGAGCUGGAGUUCAAACUCAAGCCUUUCCUUGGAGGCGCCUGCUCUGUGAAUCAGAUCAGCGGGAAGAUCUACGUGGGAGAGGAGCUACUGGCCACCGUUGAAGGACACUGGGACAACGAGGUGUUCAUUCACGAGAAGCGCUCGGCCCAGCAGGAGACGCUGUGGAACCCGAGCUCAGACAUCCGCAGCAGCCGCCUCAAGAGACAAGUGGUCCGAAUAGACCAGCAGGGAGAGUUUGAGUCUGAAAGACUCUGGCAGCAUGUGACCAGUGCCAUCAUGGACCGGGACCAGCUGAGGGCCACCCAGGAGAAGUUUGUGCUGGAGGAGGCUCAGCGGGGAGAGGCCAAGGAAAGGGGAGACAAACCCUGGCUCUCACAACUUUUCCAUCAGGACCCAGUCACCUCCGAGUGGACCUACAGGCACAUAGACACACGACCGUGGGACCCUGAGCGCUGUCUGGUUCAGUUUGAGAAGGACGGAGUGGUUCAGACGCACGAGAGAAACCAGAGGCAACACAACGGGCUCUCCUACAGCCACAGCUGGGCCAGCCAACAGAAGGCUGAGAUGAAUGGCAAACGAAGGAAGGCCAGCAGCCAGCCGUCCAGCUGCAGCCAAAACACUGAGAGCAGCAGCACCACACCAGAACCUACACACGAGUCCUCGGACAAUGAAGGAUUCUCAAACCAGUGUGCACGGUGCAACAAAGAGGUGAAGGACAUUGCCCUGAUAGAGGCCUCCAUCACAUCCAUACAGAAGACACAGCAGGACAUCCAGCGGAACCUGGUGGCUCUGAGUCGUCAGCUGACUCGUCGGAGAGCAACAGACGACAGCGUGUCGCUAACGGGCCGCCACUGUCUCGUCCUCUGUGUCCUGCUCGUCUCCCAGCUCCUCCUCAACUACGUUUUUACCUGAGCCCGCUCCUCGGGGAGGAGUUUCCCUCCGGCACUGAUCUGGCAUCAGAUCCCUCCGGGAAAAAAAGCACAGACUACAAUCAGCGGAUGAGGGCCAAGACGUCGGAUCAGUGUUUAGAGGGCAACUUUGUCCCUUUUUGUUUCCUCUGAUAGGGGAGGAGCAUGGACAAUAAAGCAAUAAACACAGCCACAGCCACCGCCUGUCGGUCAUCUGCAGAGAGGAACAGCACGCCCUAGUGUAGCCAGACUGAAAUAGCACCGGCACACACACACUUUGGACCGGAAAUGAGGGACGAGAGACGAGCAUGGCUGAAAGGAUUUUAAAUUAAAAAAUGAAAUGUAUGAAGAUGAAGAAUGAUUUUGCAAAAAGAAAUGACAAAGAGGAUGUUUCACCAUUCCUUAGUAUCUUUUUUAUAUUGCCCUGCAAUACUGUUUAUCUGUUCGUGUGCCUGUAUGUGUGUUGUUUGUUCCUACACUACAGUAGGCCCUAUUGGCGCAGGCAGAUCACCGCUUGGACUUCUCCUACUCCCUUUCCACUCCAGAUUUGGGCCUUAAAUGCUGAAGCCAAAAAAAGAAGAAGAGAAAUGUAGAAGGAAUAUCUUCCAACAGUGCAAUUCUUUGCGUUUUGUAUCAAUGUAUGCUCAAAUACACUCCGUCUCGUCUUUUAAUGAUGAUGAUUUUACCAAAACAGUAUUUAUAAUCCGAAAGGACAAAGAGUACUUGUUUACAGGGAGCACUGUAUGUGUUAGUAGUGACACGUAGGAAGGAAGGAUAAUGGGAACGAGGCAGGGCAGAGAGCCAAACGGAGUGUCUUUUGUACUUGUGUGCCUGUAGUGCUGUAACAGAAGGGAUAAUAGCAUAGCUUUUGGUCUAGAUCACGACACUAGUGUGUACAAUCAGUUACAUAGAGAGGCAGCGUGUGGAGGGAGGGAUAGAGAGCGAGCGAGUGAAAAUACACGGAAAAUGAUUUCUGUACUUUGGCCUGAUAGAAGGGGUUUGUGUGUGCGUCUUGGUCCACACCACUUUCAAGAGUCUGUUUUAAGAUGUAAACACUUAGUAAUGAGUCGUUUUGUUUUUUCUUUGAAUCAAUUUGUAUAUAUUUGUCUGGAGGUCUGUGUUUGAAAAAGAGAUUUCAGAAUGUAUUUAUUGGGUGAUUAACCUUGACUUUCCUAAUCUACUUCAGUUUGGAGGACGGAGACCAGGGUCGACAAUUGCUCUCCCAGGGUCGUGUGAGUUUGUCGCGUAUGUGUGUGAGUGAAUGAGUGUGGAGGAGCACAUGUGUGCGAGUAAGCCAUUAUGGUUGUGCUAUAUAAAACCAGAUCUGUGAUCUUGGUUUUCACUGGUUUUUAACCCUUGAAUUUCAGUCUCCAUUGCCAGUCCUGAUCUACCCAAUGGGAGAGAGUCGGAGAGCACAGGAAGUCGACUCUUUGAAUGCUUUUAUUUACUUAUUUUCAUUCUUUUCCUGUUUUCUACUGUACUGCCAUGUCGUGGGGAUUCUACAUGCCGGAUGUUUUUGUCAUAUUGAACGAAACUACAGUAAACAUGAAGCUGCCCGAUGUUUCCAUUCAUACUUGUUGAGUACUGUAGCAUUACAGUAAAACAUUUUAACCCUGUCACUGCACUUGGUUGUCAUUAAUGUAUUGUAGUAUUAAAAAAAACAAAUGUAAUACUUCACUUUACAGAACAAAAUAGUUUCUGCUGUAGUCAAUAGUGUCCAGCAGAGGGCGAUGUUGAUGUGUGUGAACUGAGGACUGUUUAAAAUCUACACUGCAGCAGUCAAGCUGAAACAUCUUCCCGGUGUUGGUUACAAACAGUGGUGGGAAGUAACUUAAUACAUUUACUCAAGUAAUGUACUAUUCUGUACAGUACAUGAGUAACUCAAGUUGCUACUCGAGUACAAUCGUGAGGUACUUGUACUUAAGUAUUUCCAUUAAAUAUUGUAUGUUUCACUUAAGACCAUUUAUUUAGGAGUUGUGUUGAUUAAGAUUUUCAUACGAAAUGUAUGAUCAGUUUUUAAAAUAUGAUCCUCCAUUACAAUUAUGACAGAUGAGUCUUUUUACUUAUGAUUUACUAUACUUUGACUAUAUUUUUUUAAUCUAAUGACAAACUAAUUUUUUUACUUGUAUACCAUGUAAUUUGUGAUUUUUUUUUUUUAA